GCCAUGUUCGCGCAUCAUCCUGCAUCGAUAAACCAAACAGACGUCGUCCGCCUUGCUUUCGCUGUAGCGAUCGCCCGAAGCAAACCACCUGAGCAAUCAUAUGCCGGCUAUGUGCUGCACCUACAGACACUUUUGCCGCCGGCCUCCGCGUCGUCGACGUCUUGUGAAUGUCGACGUCGGACAGAGGAAAUAGAGGAAACGGUGUCCUCCUUACGAAGGCAACUUCAGGACGAGAAGAUCAAGAACGCAACCCUUUCACGGAAGCUGGGGAACGAUCCGUUGUCCCAUCCAAGCACUGUCACAUCGGUGUCCAUCCCCCUCGAGUCCAUCGCUCCACUUUCCCCAUCACCUCUCGAAAACUAUCUUCAAACGAGACUGUCCAGCUCUAUCGAGCCUGCAACACCCAAUCCUCGUCCUCCUGUGCCGAAACACGGUCUGAUAGAUCCAUGGAUCGCGGUCGAGGAUGCAAUCAUAGCGAUUGAAGAAGGAUAUCUCCUCGACGGAAAGGACGUCGUUGUCACUACUUCGAUACGUGCUCUGGAAACGCUCUCCGCCGAAGUUUUGCGACAGCGCAGACCGACAAUCGCUGCCUUGCAGAUCGCUGCUACGCUCGUCUCGUGGGCACUUCCUCGUGUUCUCCCGAUCCUGUUAGCGCCUUCGGUAUCGGGUGCCAUUACAACUGGAUAUUCGACGACAUCCGACGACAUUGCCGCCGCAGAAUCCUUCCUGAAGGUCUUUUCCGCCGAGAUUUUAGCCCCUCUCAUCCGGUCUUUUCUUCCCGAAAGCCGACUAUACUUGUGCGACAUCUUCAUGCCCAAGGAAGUACCAUCGACGUCCUCAGAACCGCCGCCUGAUAUACGACCGUAUAUGCUAUCGCUCGUCGUCACUACACUCAGGCUAUGCGACGAUACGCUGCGAUCUUGCGCUUUCUCAACAACUCGUCUACGACAACCACUAAAGGACUCCCUUGCCUUGGGUAUCCUUCGUGAGAUGGAGUCCGUCACGCAAACCCCGCCAAGCUCCGAACUGUCUACGACUUUCGAACCCCUCGCUCGCAAAGAAGCACUCUGGUAUCUCUCCUCCCUUGCCUGCAGUAUCUUCGCCCUCGACCCCGCCCCUGGCAAGCACGAAUCUUCGGAUGACCUUGGCGCACCAGACGACCUUCUUACCCGCAAAAUGACGGAAAUCCUCAGUAACCUACUCGCCGCCUCUCGGCGGCAGCGCUCUCAGUCGCGUACUCAGCCUCCAGCCUCGCACGAUGUGCACUACUUCGACUCCGUCACGACCGACCUUGUCCUGGGCGUUGCAGAGGCAUUCUGGAUGAGCCGUUGCAAGUUCGAUGCGUAGAUUAUUUUACUAAGACCUGUACUGACACUGUCAUCGUGCUUCAUAUAUCUUGCUCUACCUGCAUCGCUUUCGAUCCCUG